GUUUAAACUGACGCCCGCAUCUAAUCAGAUCCUUGGGCCUGGGUGCUGUUUUCGUGACUGGGUACCUACAGGCCCCUUCCCCCAACCACCAUUUGGCGGUGAUGGACCCAGGCGGUUUAAGCGCUGCCGCCGUCGCACUCAGGGGGCGAAGGGUUCGAAUAAUCCCAGUCCUCCGGGGCCUGCAGAUUUUUUUUUUCUUUCUUCCCUCGGAUGAUAAUUGAGAUCGAAUAAGUCACGCUUGUCGCCGGGAUCUUCCGUUUGUCUUCCCAAAUGCGUCGCUAUAUCUAUCUUUGUUCGUAACUUUUCGCCAACACCUUCGUCUCUCUGCAAAUCGCUCUUAUUAUCAUUAGCCUUUUUCCAGAACUCCCUCUCCCUGUUUUUGCCGACGGCAUUGACGACAACAAUGCACGCAGUUGGCGCUGACGGGCCUCGGCCGCAGGUUGGCGACCACGCUGUAACCGUCGACGAAGAGAAACAUCCUGCUCAAAACGAUGUCACCUCGGCCGCGGUCAUGUCGGACGACCACGCCAAGAAUGAAGAGGACAACAAUUCCAACAACGGGGAGUUCCAAGAUGGCGUGAAGCGCGUCCGUGCCAUCACGACCGCUUGGUCGAAAUGGACGCUCUUCACCAUGUUUGCGCUGUAUGUGUAGCAGCGACGCCGGCAGUUGAGCUCGCAUGUCUGGUUCGUUCAACGUUGCUAAUAAAAAUCGUAGCCUGUAUCUGGUCACCUUUGUGGAUUAUCUCCAAAAUGCGGUUGAUUCAGCGCUCAACCCGUACAUCACCUCCUCUUUUGGGAGCCACGGCCUUCUCAAUGUUGGCAGCGUCCUGUCCACCAUCAUUGGCGCAUGCGCCCCGUUGGGUUUGUCCAAGAUCAUCGACGUCUUGGGCCGCGUCGAGGGCUUUACGCUCAUGCUCCUCGUCUCCGUCAUCGGUAGCAUCAUGAAGGCCGUCGCCAAGAACGUCUCUACCUAUGUCGCCGCCCACACGCUCUACUGGACGGGUCACAUCGGGAUUGGCUACGUCGUCCGCGUUAUGCUUUCCGACAUGAGCAGCCUCAAGAACCGCAUGCUUGUCAUCGGCUUCAAUCAGACGCCAAGAAUCAUCAGCAACUUGGCCGGCCCCAAUAUUGCAGCAAAGUUUCUUAACGGGCUCAAUUUCCGCUGGGCCUUUGGCGCCUUCGCCAUCAUCCUGGUCGGAUGCAGCUUGCCGGCCAUGGGCCUCAUGACUUACAUGUUCCGCAAGGCUCUCAAGAAUGGCCUCUUCCAGAAGCGAGCACCAUCGGGAAGGAAGUGGCACGAGUCUGUCAAGCAUUAUGUCAUUGAGAUUGACUUGGCCGGCAUGUUACUCAUCAUGGGCGCGCUUUCUUGCAUCCUGCUGCCAUUCAGCUUGGUGAGGUACGCUCCACAGCAGUGGAAGACGCCAUACAUCAUCGCCAUGCUGGUGCUUGGCGUGAUCCUAUUCCCCGUCUUCUACAUUUGGGAGGCCAAGUUUGCGCCAGUACAAUUCUUGCCCUGGAAAUAUCUCAAGCAGGGGACCAUCAUUGGCUCCUGCUUGCUAUACGGCAUCAUGUUCUUGUCCACCUUUACUUGGAACGGCUACUUCAACUCGUACCUGCAGGUGGUGCAUAGGCAGAGCGUGGAGCAUGCGGGAUACAUUGUCAACACCUACUCCCUCACAUCAUCGUUCUUUGGGCCCAUCAUCGGUUACAUCAUUCACAAAACCGGCAACUUCAAGUGGACCGCCUAUAGCGGCGUGCCGAUCAUGCUGCUGGGGACGGCGCUCAUCCUGCCUUUCCGCCAGCCCGACGCGCCCGUGGGAAUUCUCGUCUUCACCCAGUUCCUUGUGGGCCUGGGCAGCGAGGUCUUUGUCAUUUGCAGUUCGCUUGCAGUCAUGGCUCCCGUCACGCAUCAAUACAUUGCCGUCACCAACGCGCUUGCCGGCUUGUUCGGCGGCUUCGGCGCCUCAAUCGGUUUGUCCAUCGCAGGAGGAAUUUGGAACAAUCUCCUGCCCCAGGAGCUGUACAAUCGUCUUCCUGAGGCGGCGAAGGGUCGAUCGGCACAAAUUUUCGGUGACAUCAAAUUGCAAAUGUCGUUCCCCGACGGUUCGCCGGAGCGGGACGCUAUCGUUGCAGCCUAUGCUCACGUCAUGAGGUACAUGCUCAUCACUGGAGUGGCUUUGAUGCCUCUGUGCUUGCUGUCCAUUGUUGUCUGGAAGAACAUCAAUGUCAAGAAGAUCGAGGAGGAAAGGGGCAAGCAGACAAAGGGCACUACUUUCUAAAGGACGGGUCGAUCACAUUAACGGCAAUCUCUAAUAGCAACCUGCAGUCUUCUUCUGCUUCAGGACAUUAGUGUUCUAAUCACCUUAAGAGCGAAAUACAUGACACGGCAAUGAGACCGCUCUUGGUUCAUACAGUGGAGGUGGUGGAUUCUCUGUCAGCUCAAGCCAUACCCUGACCAGCAUCACCUCCACACGCUUCGGUCUACGAAGUACAAGACUAAUCAUAUUAACACACCCGAAAAAGGCGAUAACCAGUCAAUUUCUUUUCAAUUGGUGCCGCCUGCAGUUUUGUUUCAACAAUUAGUGUUCAAGUCAUACUCCGUGCCAUCGACAGCUCAUUUUGCUUCGCACAUGUUUGACCACACAUGUACGUUUCCUUUCGUACUCAAGAAACUAC